AUGUCGCGUUGUAAAUUAUUUUUAGCCGUUUUCUCAGUCGUUUUAGGAUAUUUACUAUGGUUAUUAUUAAACAAUGGGUAUUUAAACAAACCCGAAUUACCGGUACCCGAUGAAAGUGAAUGGUGGGGACCGGAAUCUAACAGACAACCGAAUCACAACGUUAUACCAUUUAAAAUAAACGUACCGGAUGCGGAAUUGAAAUACUUAAACGAAAGGCUUAAUCAAUUUUUAGAAAAGCCACAUACUCCGCCAUUGUUAAAUCAGGGUUUCCAAUACGGAUUCAAUACGAAUUUUUUAAAACAAGUCAUUACGUAUUGGAAAAACGAUUACAAAUGGAAAAAUCGAGAAGUUUAUCUAAAUAAAUAUCCACAAUUUAAAACGAGCAUAUCAGGUUUGGACUUACAUUUCAUAAGGGCGAGCCCGCAAAAUCCAAAUGGUAAAAAAGUACUACCCUUGUUACUCUUGCACGGGUGGCCAGGAUCCGUGAGGGAAUUUUAUGACGUCAUACCACAUUUGAUCAAUCCGAAAAAUGACGUGCCAUUCGUUUUCGAUGUCGUCGUUCCCUCUUUACCAGGUUAUGGAUUUUCAUCGGGUGCCGUAAAACCCGGUCUUGGACCUGAAAAAAUUGCUGUCGUUAUGAAAUUGUUAAUGACACGUUUAAAAUUAAAUAAAUUUUACGUGUCCGGUGGAGAUUGGGGAGCAAUCAUUGGUAAAAACAUGGGUCAAUUAUAUCCGGAAAACGUUCUCGGUUUUCAUUCCACGAUGUGUUCUGUUAACACUCCUCUAUCAAAUUUAAAAUGGUUUUUGGGGUCUUUGUACCCCCCCUUGGUUGUCGAAGACCGUUACAAAGAUAAAUUGUAUCCGUUAAGUAACGUAUUUAAGCAUUUGCUAAAAGAAUCCGGUUAUUUUCAUUUGCAAGCAACCAAACCCGAUACAAUAGGUUCGGCACUGAGUGACACACCCGCGGGUCUUGCCGCAUACAUAUUGGAAAAAUUUUCAACAUGGACGAAUAAAAAAUGGAUUGAUUUACCAGAUGGGGGACUCACUAAAAAAUAUUCACUCGAUUCAUUACUCGAUAACGUCAUGAUAUACUGGAUAACGAAUUCAAUAAUGACGUCACAAAGGCUUUAUUCCGAAGGACUCCGUUCGAUGACGGAUGGUUUAAAUUUAUUGCCCAUAACGGUACCCACUGCAUGUGCUCGUUUCGAACACGAAUUACUAUGGCAACCGACGAACUUUCUAGAAGAACAAUACCUUAAUUUAUUACAAGUGAACGAUAUAGAAGAUGGCGGUCAUUUCGGUGCUUUCGAAGUUCCGGUAAAAUACAAAGACGAUUUAAUAUCCGCAAUUAAAAAAUUCGAAUCCUAUCAUAAUAUAUAUUAUUCUAAAGUUUAA